UCCCACCACGCACACUAUACACAAAAACUCAGUGUUCGAUUAAAAGCUUCGAGUGUGAGUUGUGAGAGAUUGAUCGAUCAUCAUGGCCAUCACCAAGAGCGACGUGAAGGUCCUGGGAAUGUGGCCCAGCCCAUUUGUGAUGAGGGCUCGCAUCUCCCUUAACCUCAAAUCUGUCGACUAUGAGUUUCUUCAAGAGACAUUUGGAUCGAAAAGCCAGCUUCUCCUCCAAUCCAAUCCAGUAUAUAAGAAAGUCCCGGUUCUUAUUCAUGGUGACAAACCCAUAUGUGAAUCUCUUGUCAUUGUUGAGUACAUUGAUGAGGUUUGGGCCUCUGGCCCAUCUAUUCUCCCUUGCGACCCUUAUGAUCGCGCCACGGCACGAUUUUGGGCCGCUUAUGUCAGUGAGAAGUGGUACCCAUCAUUGAAAGGCAUAGGUGCAGCUCAAGAAGAGGAGGCAAAGAAGGCAGCAGUGGAGCAAGUGGAAGAAGGGCUGGCCUUGCUGGAGGAAGCUUAUGAAAAGUCCAGCAAAGGAAAGGACUUUUUUGGUGGAGAUGAGAUUGGGUACCUUGACAUUGCGUUUGGGUGCUUCUUGGGGUGGCUCAGAGUCAUAGAGAAACUGAAUGGGGUCAAGCUGCUGGACCAAACAAAGACACCAGGGCUGGUCAAUUGGGCUGACAAAUUUUGUGCACAUACUGCUGUGAAAGAUGUCAUGCCUGAGACUGAUAAGCUUGCUGAGAUUGCCAAGAUUCUUGCGGCUAAAUUGAGAGGGGCAGCUGCCCCUCCCAAGUAAUUACCAAUUUCAAGGAUAAAUAGCCUUGGCCUAUUUUAUGUCUCUAUUUUAUGUUUUGAAUGUUACAUAGAGAACAUAUUUAUCCUUAUUUUUGUUUUUAUUUUUAUAUUUUAAAUAACCAUUGUCAAUUGAUACUUUGAACU